AACACGGAAUGUUUUGCGUGCGGCACUUCUGAACACGGAAGAGAAGCUGCUGUUCCUGUUUAUGUAUUUCGCUGUCUAUGGGAUUUCGCAGCUAGACGACUUCAUCUGUGAGACAGUAUGGCGGUGAGCGCCGUUCACCUGGAGUCAGACGCCUUUCUGGUGUGUAUGAAUCACGCGCUGAGCACGGAAAAAGAAGAGGUGAUGGGUUUGUGUAUCGGAGAAGUGGAAGUCACCCGUAUCGUCCAUAUUUACUCGGUCAUCAUCCUCCGCCGCUCGGACAAGAGGAAGGACCGGGUGGAGAUCUCCCCCGAGCAGCUGUCCGCGGCCUCCACGGAGGCGGAGAGGCUGGCCGACAUCACCGGCAGGCCGCUGCGGGUGGUCGGCUGGUACCACUCCCACCCGCACAUCACCGUGUGGCCCUCCCACGUCGACGUGAGGACCCAGGCCAUGUACCAAAUGCUGGACCAGUGCUUCGUGGGCCUCAUUUUCUCCUGCUUCAUAGAGGACAAGAACACCAAGACGGGCCGGGUGCUGUACACCUGCUUCCAGUCCGUGCAGGCGCAGAAGGGUUCCGAGUACGAGCGCGUGGAGAUACCCGUGCACGUCGUGCCCCGCGAAGCCAUCGGCAAGGUGUGCCUGGAGUCGGCCGUGGAGCUGCCGCGGAUCCUGUGCCAGGAGGAGCAGGACACGUACCGCAAGAUCCACAGCCUGGCGCACCUGGACCCCGUCACCAAGAUCCACAACGGCUCGGUGUUCACCAAGAACCUGUGCAGCCAGAUGUCGGCGGUGAGCGGGCCGCUGCUGCAGUGGCUGGAGGACCGGCUGGAGCAGAACAAGCAGAGCAUCGUGGAGCUGCAGCGGGAAAAGGAGAGGCUGCUGCAGGAGCUGGCUGUUCAGCCAUGAGCCCAGAAACAAACAACAUGCUACACUUAUAACGAUAUAAAACAGGGGGAAAAAAUGCAAAUCCUCACAUUGAAGAAGCUGGAAACGGGAUGUUUUUCGUAAUUUUUUGCUUUGAAAUUUUUUUUGUUGAAAAAUGUAUAUCACCUAAUUGUUGCAGAUAGUUUUUCUGUCAAUCAACUAAUGGAUGAAUCGACUAAUAGUUUCAGCUCUGUCUUCCCUGGAGCUGGUUUCUAGAGUCUGGUCGGAUUUGUAGUUUGGAUGACUUGUUCUUUGAUCAGGUUAAUUCCUGAUUUAAAUAAGUCAACCUUUUUUGGGGUUUUGUACAGCUCUUUUAUGAUGAGACAAAAUUAAACUUAAUUAUUUAAGAAGUUCAUGUUGUUUAAAAAAAAACCAAAAAUGGGUUUGCUAAAACAAUAAUGCUUACGGUUUACAUGCAGUUUAGUGUCCCAAAUCCCACUAUGGCCACGACAAGACCCGCCCUACGAAGCAGCUCGAUUGGUUGGGGUUAGUUAGGCAUUUGACCUCGAGUGGUUAAGGUUAGGAUAGCCGAUUGGUCAGUCGAUAGGACCUGUAGAAAUAAUAGGGUUACGUUACGGGGAAUUUGGGACACUAAACUGCACGUAUACUAAUGCUUACUUUCUCUAAGGUAUCAAAAUGUAUAGUUUUGGUAUCUGUAUUAGGGCUAUUUAAUUCUGCCAAAAACCAGAUAUUUUCAUGUGGUUGUUUUACAUAAUGUAAUGGAAGAUGUUAGCUAUCACGCGCCUAUAACGGAAACUAUAUGGAGGGAAAACUGAUGGUGUGAAACAUUAUUUGUGGUCAAUGGGGAAAAUACAUUCAAAGCUACAGUUGGGUACAUUAUAAGAGCCUCCGUCCCACACUAUAGUCACUCUGAAUCAGAGCCAGCUGAGCCCACUGAGGGACAAGUGAGGACGAGGAAAGUGCCUUUGGACUAACAAAGUGUUAUUGUAGCGUAUUGUAAAUGAGGGUUAUUGGAUGUAAAGGGUGUGUGGGGGUCUGUAACAUCUUUAAUGCCAUUGGUUGGCUUCUGUUCUUCUGUUUGCUUUGUCUUUUUCUUGUGUCUUGUCUUAUCCCAGAUUUGGAAAGCCUGAAUUUUAUUUUAAAUUUUUUUUUUUUUAAAGGAGCAUUAUUCAGGUUUGACUAGUGUGGUGUUUUUCUCUGCAUCCAUCUACUGUAAAAUAAAACACCUUUUGUGUUACUUUACAGGGACCCAAAGAUA